AUGAACUCUGGCCUCCUCUAUAUGGUAUCUCUAGAACAGCAGAAUUUUUUGAAUGACACUGCCAUGGACAAUAACGGGUUCUUCCCUGCUUUCUCACAGGAAGAUAGCAUGGCAACUGGCAAUGGUCUUGGCUUCAAUAUCACACGACGGAUUAUCUUAUCACUUGGCGGAAACAUUCAGGUGAACUCCGAAAAGGAUGUUGGCACUGAAUUCGUGACAACUGUGAACCUUAGUCAUGCAUCCGAGCUACCUAACGGGAUAUAUCCCCGACAGGUUGAAUAG